AUGAGAACAUAUAGGUUUCUACAUUACCGUGACUGCUUUCAGAACUCAUUCACACGGUUGAGCAGUGCUGCUCAUAAUCGACUCUUGGCUACCCAGCUGGCACAACUCCGCAAAGACUCUCAGUUCUGUGAUGUAACGUUAGUCGCCGAGGGGAAACGAAUCAACGCUCAUCGGCUUGUACUUGCUGCAUACUCAAACUACUUCAAAGCCAUGUUCACCAACGGCCUGGCUGAAAGCCACAUG